GGGGAGCCGCCGCGGGCGCCAUUUCCUCAGCGCCCCCGCGGCGGCGCGGCUGCAUCAGCGCUGACGUGGAGGCGACGUGCGGCUCCGCCCGGCCCAAUCCCCCCCACCCCCCUGUGACGGGGGCAUCACGUACAGGGCGGCGGACAAAUGACCACGGAAAUGGUUGAAUCGCAACAGGAUGGAAGUGCAACAGAUUCUGUGGCAGAGAGCGAUGCUGUUUGCAUACAAAAUCAGCCAGGCCAAAGUCAGAUUUCCCCCAUAGCUCAGGUUUCUGUAGCUGGAUCAAGUGCUGGAAGAGGAUCUACAGCUGUAACUCUAGUACAGUUGCCUUCUGGUCAAACUGUACACGUCCAGGGAGUGAUUCAAGCCACACAGCCAUCAGUGAUUCAGUCACCACCAAUGCAGGCUGUUCAGGUAACAUCGGUUGCAAAUGCAGAGGACUCUGCAGACUCGGAGGGUGUAAUUGAUUCUCAAAAACGUAGAGAGAUUCUUUCAAGAAGGCCUUCAUACCGAAAAAUUCUGAAUGAACUAUCUUCUGAUGCUACUGGUGUCCCUAAGAUUGAAGAGGAAAAGUCAGAGGAAGAAGGAACACCUUCUGGCAUCCCUGCAAUGGCAGUACCAACCAGCCUAUAUCAGACUAGCACAGGGCAAUACAUUGCCAUAGCCCAAGGUGGAGCAAUCCAGAUUUCUAAUCCAGCAUCUGAUGGCGUCCAGGGACUGCAGACAUUAACAAUGACAAAUUCAGGAGCUCCUCAGCCAGGUGCUACCAUUGUGCAAUAUGCAGCACAAACACCUGAUGGCACACAGCAGUUUUUUGUACCUGGAAGCCAAGUUGUUGUGCAAGCUGCCACUGGAGACAUGCCAACUUACCAGAUCCGAACUCCCACCACAGCCUUGCCUCAAGGAGUGGUAAUGGCAGCCUCACCGGGAACUUUGCACAGCCCUCAGCAGCUAGCAGAAGAGGCAACACGCAAAAGGGAACUGAGACUUAUGAAAAAUAGGGAAGCUGCUAAAGAAUGUCGACGUCGGAAGAAAGAAUACAUAAAAUGUCUGGAGAGUCGUGUUGCAGUGCUAGAAGUUCAGAACAAGAAACUUAUAGAGGAGCUUGAAACCCUAAAAGACAUUUGUUCUUCCAAAACAGAUUAGUAGAAAUAUUUAUUAUGCUGUGAACUGAUUACAACAUGUCCAGUUGCUUUUGAAGACAAUACCUAGCCAAUAAGAAUUACGACUUUUUCUUUGUGUCAUUUAUCUUAAACUGCAACCCCUAACAUUCCUGAAAUACUUUUUUGCAUUUUGUAGAUUCUUAGAUGUAACUUCAUUUUUUUUUCCAAAGGAGACAAAUGUUAAAGUGUGUGUAACAUGGUUAAAAGUGCAACAUUUAUAAGAGCUGUUCCAUUGCCAUAUAUUUGCAUUUACUAUUUUUUACGUGUUAUUGAUAGUGACCUACACACAAAAAUAUUGUACAGGUGUUUUAAAGUGAAUUAUCAAAGAUAAUGCAUCCAGUAAUACAACAAAAUUAAACUACCCAAAGUAUCUCAGGAAAGAGUUUAUAUAAAGUAUGUUAUGAUUACACAAAUGUAUUAGAAUACUAGACUAUUAAUUUAUGGCCAAUUUUUCUUAGUUGCUUUGCCAAGAAAAUAUUGUAUUGCUGUCACUGAGUGCCAUGGUUGAAGACAGUUUUUAAUAGAACCAUGUUGUUUACCCUUUGUAGCAUUUGUUGUUCAUUUAAACAUCUGGCAUGUUUAAACUGUUUUUAAACUGAUGGUGCAAUAUGAAAAAUACCUCGGAGAAGGUUUUAGUAUAAACUUUAUAUAACUUAAGCAAGCUCCUCAAUAUUAUAAUAUAAAUAUUUUAAACACCUGGAUGAAGUUACAAAUAUCUGUUAGAUGGCUCCUUGUUACUUCUACUUCAAGCAUUAUACAAAAUAUCUAAUGUAUUAGUGGAUUAUGUAUCAGAAUUGACUUUGCAUCCUGAAUGCUAACUGAUCAAUGUUCUGAACAGGACCAAACUGUUCAUUAUAAUGGGGGCUGAGAUGUGGAAUCCUUUUUGGUUUUUCUAUGAGAUGGCAAAAGGGACUGAAGAUUUUCUUUUUUUUUUUUUGGUCAGGGUCACUCUGCAGCCAACACUAGUUCUCUGCUGACUUAUGGUGUUUCACAAUGGCCUUUAAGUGCUGAAUGUUUUUAAAAAUAAAUCUAUUCCAAAUUGGUUGAAA